AUGAAUGUCUCCUCGACGACUUGUAAGUAUAUUCAUCUUUUAUACCCAAACCGAAUGAAUCUGUCGCUAGUUUACCCAUCUUAUAUACCCAUUUUAUCAUUCUCGUUAUUUAGCUGGCACGAUAAUUUCCACAAUUUCGCCGGGAAUAAGCAACAAACAGAAUGAAAUUAGUGAUGAAGACAGCUAUCGUGACUUCUACACCGGACUUGGACUAGCAAUUAGCUCGAGCGUAUUUAUUGGAAGUAGCUUUAUCAUAAAGAAAAAGGGUCUUCUUCGUGUCUCACAAUCCUCUGGUGUCAGAGCUGGUAUGUAAAAUUAUACGAGUGUCAUAACUUAGGCACCUUCGACACACAAAUGGACAGUGUUCCGUUUGUAUUAAUUGCAGUGUUGUCAAUUUGUCACUACAUAACAGUAUUAAUACAUUAACAUUUAAUAUAGCAAAGAAAUUAUUUACAGACAGGCUGUCUUUAAUCUUGAAUUCAUAUAAAAUAUUUGAUUACAAUGUAUCAUGUGUGUUUAGAAUUCAAUAUUCCACAUAAUCCGCAAUUGUUUCCGAUUUCAAUUUUCAAAAUAUUCAAUGCCUCAAAUGCCCAAUAAAAGUUCAUAUUAAUUGUGGAGAAUACAGUUUGAUUGUCACCAAUUUAAUAUUUCUUGUUUUAUUUUUACUUGUACUCCUUCGAGGUCAGCUUGUUUGUGGUUGUGAUUUGGUUUGGUAAAAAUGAAAUAUUAAACACAAUAAUAUUAGAAAUUUUCACUGUCAGUAGUACUUAGCAUUAUUUUGAAUAAGUUUGGGCAUGAAAGAUUCUUUGUUAAUGUUUUAAAAGCUUCAGGAAAUGUUUUCUUGGUAUUUGUAAUUGAGUGUGAACAUAGCAACAUAUUUUAAUGCUGAUAAAGAACACCUUCAGAGAAAUUUGUCACAAUUCUAGCAAGCAAUACAUUGCAGGAACCACAAUAUUAGCAUUUUUACAAAAAUAAAAACAAUCAUAAUUCUGAACUUAGUACACAUUUUCAAAAUUAUUUAUUUGUAUGUUUCGACUGGAAUGUAGUCAUCAUCAGGAUUGCUAACAACAUUACAGAACUAGUUAUAUGUAAUGUGAAGAAAUAUGAGAAUGUCUAGAUAAAAAGUAAAUAUAUAAUAGUUUUGUUUGUGGAAACACCACGUAAAUUUAUUACUGCAAAGCUUUCGAUCUGUAAGCCCGGAUCUUCAUCAGUGCUAAUAAUAUGUGACUUGUUCAAUUCAUGCGCCCUUUUUAUAUACAAAAGUGUCGUGAUCCGUUGGCUCACGUCAUUUGAAAUUUAAUUAAAUGGCACAUCAACCACGUCAUUUCAAACGUAGUGAAGUGAUUCUAAUUAACGUGUGCGCAUCCAAGACAAGAGAAAUUAAUGUCACACAUUAAAGAUAGCACGCCACAAAUCCCUCCUGAUCUAUAGUAUUGUGCUUCUCGAUUUCAAUUGACUCUCUCAUUUUGCAAGAGAACUUAUGACUAGCAAUCACCAAAAUGGUUGCUUCGUCCCAUUUUAUACGAUGGUCACAACAAAUCACAUAUUAUUAGCACUGAUGAAUAUCCCGGCUUACGGAUCGAAAGCUUUGCAGUAAUAAAUUUAUGUGGUGUUUCCACAAACAAAACUAUUACUGUAUAUGUUUUAUCACCAUGCAAACAUACAAAGAACUUAAAAAGUAAUUAGGUAAAUAUUAGUUCUUUAGAGGCUUUCGUUAACUAAUAAUAUUGAACUAAUUACCUUAUAUAGACAUUCUUAUAUUUCUUUACAUUACAGUCUUUGAAAUAGAGCUGUGCGGUUCCAAAAAUUUUAUCUCGGUUCCGGUUUCGGUUUUUUUGGAACAAAAAAACCUCGGUUCGGUUCGGUUUCGGUUAUUUUCAAAAAAGAAGAACAGUACAAAUGUAUGAACUCAUUUAUGUAUGUUUCGAGCAUUUUUACUAAAUAGAUGAAUUUAUGCCUUUGUAAGUUUGUAUAAACCUCUGAAUAUUUUAAAAGAACAAUUGGAAUUUAUUUAUGAAGAUGUAAUAUUUCUUAGUUUUUAAAAAAAUUUAAAAUAUCAACUAUUUGAGCACUUAGUACAGUGCAUAUUGUGCACAAAGAGCACAAUCUUGUUAUUUUCCAAACAUUUCAACCUGCAAUCAGGUGGGCGUUAAACGGGAAAUUAAAACCGAAACUACCGGUUUUUUGCGUAUAGUUUUUCGGUGCUGAAAAAAGUACCGGAAGAACCGAAUUUUUCGGUUAACCGCACAGCUCUACUUUGAAACACCCGAAAUUUCAGGUCGGCAAGAAAUUGCCGACCUAAAAGUGAUAAUUCUCAAUUUAGGUCGGCAAAUAUUUUCAAAACAAAUAGAAAAUAUCCAAAUGAAAAUUUAAUUUGCUUGCUGCAAAUACGCAUUUAUAAACUUCAAUUAAUUGCAAUCAAUGCCAAUAGCAAACAAAGCAACUAACAAAAUGUACGAACUGCAAUCGAACAGUGCAUGUUGACGCCAAAUGUUGUGACAGCUUUCUUACCAUAUAAUUUUGCUUGGACGAUUUUAACACAUAUGUUUACUUUCAAAGUUUCAAGUAUCACCUUUCAACAAUGAAACUGCAAUGUGACUACGCAAGCUAAUGAUCAAAACCUGAUAAUUAAAACAUCAUCGUUGAAAAUGCGUAUGUGAAAGAUGCAUUCGAGGAAAAAAAUGCCGAGAGGUUUUUUGAAAGUAGGUCGGCAAAAUUUUGCCGACCUAAAUCUACACAUAUCGCUUUGCAGGUCAGCAUUUAGGUCGCAAGGACUGCAUUAUGUAUACCUAUGUUCUGUAGUAAUUUUAGCUAGAGAUGAGCCGAUCACUGAAAUUGCCGAUUAGCCGAUUCGAUUAAUCGGUGGCCGAUAAUACCCAAUAAUCGGCCGAUUAAUCGGCCAAAGCCGAUUAUUUCCAUUUACACAUUUAGCAGUAGGCUUUAGCUAUUCAGGUGAACCUCAGAUGCUUUAGAGCAUUAAAAUAAAACUUGAGAAGCUACUGUAAUGUAGCAAAGACAAAAGUAUUCGGCUACAGUAUCUCUGGCAUUCAUUCACGUCUCUUUCUCCCUUCUGAAGCUGGAUACAAAUUGAAAAGUUUUCCACUUCUUUUUCAUGACAUUCUCUUUUGUCUCAUGUAUGAUGUACUGGUCGUCCGUGCGCACACAAUGUUUUCACUAAGAGUUAUGUACGCACACAAUGUUUCAUUCACUAAGAGGUACACACAAUCCAGCUACAUGGUCAUGGGGGUCACAUGUACUGUAUAAGUGUUAAUUUUGCACUUAAUAAUUGCAUUUCCGAUGAAGAUAAAUGCAAGAUCUGAUUUGUAUACUGUAUGUCUUUGUGUAGCAGCUGCAUGCUGCUCUAUAACAUGAAAAGAUUGUCAAACAUGUGCAAACAAAACACAAUGAAUACACAGAUUUUCAUUUAUUUCUAACAUAAAAAAGAAACUGGUCAAUAAUGGGCAAAUGGCCGAUUGUACAGAAACAAUCGGUCGAUUACAGAUUAUUAAAAAUUGGCCGAUUAUCGGCCGGUUAAUCGGCUUGGCCGAUUAAUCGGCUCAUCCCUAAUUUUAGCAUUGUAAGUAGAUUGUCACUACACUCUAGUGUUUUGUAUUUUCUAGGCAGCCAUCCUAUGCAUGUUUCAAUUAUUGUACUAGUUACAUGUAUGUACAUCAGUGCAUGUAUCACGUACAUACAUGUGUUGAGUUAAAAAUUGAAUUCAGUAAUUAUGUUCACAUUAUUCAAGGUUUUGUCACUUGUACAGGUAGUUGGUACAGAUAUAUAUGGUCUAAAACCUGCCUCAUACCCACUGGCACUAUAUUCACUGUGGGCUAUAUUCACUGUAUGCUAUUUUCACUGUAGGUUAUAUAAUAGGGAUACAGUACUACAUGAAGUAUUGCAAUUGUUGGGUAACAUGUUCAGGUUCCCCCUAAACCCAUCAUAUACAUGUAGUCAUUCUGCUUUUUGACACAUAAUGAGUCUAAAUAUUGUCCAGUGCAGAUAUCUGGGUGUUAGGCUAGGUUAAGCCACAGCAUUCUGGGUCAUUCCCUAGUUUAACACAUCCGUAACCUUUACCCUGUCUAAUGCUACUGUGGGCAAUAUUUCUUCCAAUAUACCUUGGCCCAGUGUUGGAAAAUAUCUGGCAGCGGCAGCACCACCGCUGCCAGGAAAUCUUUAACAAAAUAUCUUUGCAGGAAAAUUUAAUUCUUAGACUUUACAAGAAAUUUUUGUCAUCUUAUACUUCUAUACUGGAAUUUCAUAUAAUUUACACUUUUACACUGUAAAAAAAUCCGAAAAUGUUUUGCAAGUCGAGAUUAUCUUUGUGGCAAUUAAGAUUGAAGUUAAUCACAAUGUGUGGCGCACCAUACAGUGUACAUUCUCUAAAAUCUGUAUAAUAUGCAGGGAGUUUUGUAUAUACUUACACAGGAAACUUUUAGUUUUGAUUUUGCUGCCAGGAAGAGAAAUAUAUUUUCAUGCAUUUAAAGCUUGAAAAUAUUGUGGUAUUCAAUUCCCCUUAUCGCUCUACCAAAUACCUUAAUAUAACUUUCACCAAUGACCUUGAUAACAUACAGUACAGCACAUUAUGUGGUUUCAAAACAUUUUUUAAUCAUUCAAACAUUUUUACAAAACCUGCGUCAACGUUUUGCACCAGGGUUCAACAUUUUUUUCUCCUAGGAUAACCAGUAGUAUUGGUUUGGUUGUUCAUAUGAUGUUUUUGUUGUCCAAGCUCAAGCCGAGGAAGAAAUUGUUUCAUGACAUAAAUAAUUAAAUAGUGCACAUUUUGGCAUGUUGCAGGACUAUCCCUGCAAAAUGAAGUAUGUACUCAGGGUGUUGUACCAACUGCUACUGUAGUUAAAGAACAGCAGGUUCGUGACUCAUGAGUACAGUCAUGAAUUUGGAGUAAACAUCUUACAGUUACAAUAAAAUUUAAAACGGCAGCUGGGAAAAUAAAAUCCUUCUAGCAUUAAUUCUCAAGUAUUUUGUCUGAGUUCUGUCUUGUGACUAACUUUCAGGUAGCUUUUAAAUUUCAAAGCAAAAAGGCUCAAAUAUUUAUACAGAUUUGGGGAUUUGAGUCAUGACAUGUUGGGUUGUCCAAGGAACAACCGUACAACAAACAUCGGUAAAUUUGGUUGUCCCAUCAUGAUUUCAGUUGUCAACAGCUAAUUUUGAAUUUUGUUUUGUACCAUCUGUGCUUGAAUCCCAUGCAAGGCAUGCAUCACUGAUAUACAGUAGUAAAGGAAUACCGAAUGGUUUUCCGUGCAGGAUUGCGUGAUCCGUGCACGAGGGAUGUUGCGAGACUUUCGGAAAGCGUAAAAAUACACGAGCCGUAGGCGAGUAUAUUUUUACGCUUUCCGAAAGUCGAGCAACAUCCCAAGUGCAUGGAUCAUGCUAUCCUGCACGGGAAAACCAUUUGGUAAUUGUUUUAUAAAAUUACUACAGUGAAACGACGCUUAACUUGAUUAAAAUUACUGAUGAAAUGUGCAGUUCUCACAACAUUCGUGAAUUAACCAAUCAGAGAAUCGCUAAUCCACGCUAUUGAAAACAGCAACAUAUGUGAACAGAAUUUGAUCGCAAAUUCGCGAAAAUAUACAGCGAAAAUACAGGGACUUUUUCGAUAAAAUAUACGAAAUUUGAAAUGGAAAACCCGCUAAACAGACAGUCAAAGUAGUAGUGAAGAUUCUCGACCUGAAUAUGUGAAGAUUGCGAAGCGUUUGAUCAACUUUGAAGCGAGAGAUGUUGUACUUGCAUGCCAUGGUCUGAUGAAUUUCAACGCUUUAUACGCGUUGCUACUUGCUGAAUAGCAAUGUAUCGAUCAGAAAUUUAUUCAUACAACUAAACCAACGUCUCAAUAAUUGGAAACUUACUUCAAAGUCGAAAGGUAUCGUACAAUGAAACUUUACAAUGCGAGUAUAUUUGUAAAAUUAUAUGCAAUAAUUUCUGUUCAGAAUUUCCCGUGCAGGAUUGUCUGAUCCUGCACGGCUGUUGACCAAUCAAAUUGCGUGUUUCACUGUAGUUAUUAUAUAAAGCCCAUUGUGUGUUGUAUAUGCAUGUUUGCUUGUCAGAUUUUGAAAACUAGUAAUUACGGUAUAUGUCUCAGUUUCAAGUUUGAAAUGGGGAUGCAGGCUUGCAAAUUUGUGUUAGUCAUCGGACGGCAAAAUUUUACCUUUUGUCAGACCAAAGCUUUUUACUGUGCGACUGCAUCGACAUGUGACUGACCAAUUUGGGUUGGUCAAAUGGCCCAUUUCAAAAAAUGAUUUUUAUUGACACAUAAUGAAACCUAAGCAAUAUGAACAACACUUCCCACUAUUUCUUGCUGCGUUAAGCCAUACGAUAUCACUACAAAUACAGUAUAAAUCUAAACUGCCUUUGUAUAACAUGGUAGAUAUUAAAGUUAUGUACUGUAUAACCUGAACCGUAAUUUGCAGAAGAUGCAUUAGGACUGGCAAAUAUACACUCAGUUUUAGAUGCAUUGCAGUGCAAACUAACAUGACCAGCCUAAAUGCAUUGUGCGAAUUAAAAAAUAUGAAAAAUUUUACUUUGGCUACGUACUGUACAAGAAAAACUGAUAAAUGUCUGACCAAUUUUUGCCUUGGGGGAAUAUUUGUCCUUCCAAGCAAAAUAAUUAUUUGCAGAACUGCAGAUGUUGAUAGGCUAUAUAAACUCAAAGCAAAGAUUACAGUGAGAAUUAUUUUAUAUUUAUGAUUUUAGGCAGUGGUGGUUUUGCUUACUUAAAAGAAUGGCUUUGGUGGACUGGGUUAAUGUUAAGUAAGUGAAUUAUCAGCUAUAUAUUAGCCCGAAAAUAUUAAUCAAUAUAUCAACCACAGGAUUAGAUCUACAGUACAUUUAAUAUGUACUCUGUAGUGAAUAUAAUUUCAAAUGUGUUUCUACAAUAAAUGAUACAGUUGCUGCAGUUCAAAUGGGUCAUCUUUGAAAAGAUAAACACUACCCAACACACCCACACAGAAAUUUCUGCUCAGAUCAUGCAUACAAACACUCACUAGAGUUUAUCGUACCAGGGGGAUCUCAGCAAGCCGCAAGAGCCUUGUGCCAUCCAGCCAUAAUCAUAUACAUGCAAACAGACUCUUAAUAUGGUCCAUUUGUACAGUAUCAACUUCCAGUUGUCACCCUCAGUUACGCUACUUAGGUUAUACUGUAUUUUACUACUUACAGUAAGAUAGUGUACUACUACAUCAAUUUCAUUUUGGCUAUUAAGCACAGUAGCAGUGUAUCUACAGUGUUACAGAUACUGCAUACAGCAAGUAACGGUUGGAUUAAUAAAUUUGUUAUGUUUACAGUGGUGUUUGGUGAGAUAGCCAACUUUACAGCUUAUGCAUUUGCUCCCGCAGUAUUAGUAACACCGCUGGGUGCUCUGAGUGUUCUAGUCAGGUAAGAAUACAACUUAUAACAAAAUGUAAAUGUACAGUUAUCUAAAUCUAUAAUCGUAUUAUAGAGCCUCGAGUAGCGGUCAAAAUUGUCCGGAAAAAUGUCCAACCGAAAUGAAAGUUAGUCGCACAUUUUGGAAUUUGGUCAGACAUCGAGCACUAGCAGUAAAUAAUACUUCAAGCUACAUUUGCAUACUGUGAUUUAUUGGGGCUGGGAUGAUUUCAGAAAGUAUUAUCAACUGACAAUAUUUGUCAUUCAGAAAAAACGGAAAUUGGCCCAACAUAUUGCAAUGUGUAAAGUUAACGUACCUUUUAUAGUAUACAUCUUGUUUCCUGAGCCCGCAUUUUUGCGCCAAUUUGCUUAUCUUUCAAUUUUGUUUUCAGUGCUAUAUUAGCUUCAUAUUUUCUUCGCGAAGACUUAAAUAUCCAUGGAAAAAUUGGUUGUUUUCUAUCUCUUGUUGGGUCAGUGGUCCUCGUAAUUCAUGCGCCCCAAGAGGAGUCAAUUGCCACAGUUGAGGAACUGAGUGCUAAAUUAACAGAUGCAG